AGUGUGUCGCACUGUCGCUGUCCAGUCCAACAGUUCGUUUACAGGUGCCAUGGGAGGUUGAAACUUACUCACAAAUGUCUGUAUAUUCCUCAACAAGUCUAACGGAGAACAACACAUGGCGGGUUCAUAUUCAUUGCGAAGCAGCGCACCGGAGAGGGAGACCUCUUUCAAAGGCUCGUUCAAAGCCAGGUCGGAGAAAGCUGCCGGGAUGAAUAGCGCAGGUAUCUCGGACGCACGACAACCCGCCUGCUGUUUGAGUGUGAGCAAGGUGUCCUAUACGGUGAGUGAGCGAGUGGGGCCAUGGUGGGACCUGCCCUCCUAUAGGAAGAAGUGGACCAGGCAGAUCCUCAACGACGUCUCCUUUCACGUGGAGAGCGGACAGCUCAUGGGCAUACUGGGAAACUCAGGCUCUGGGAAGACCACCCUGCUGGACUCCAUCGCUGGGAGAAUAGGGAACUCUGGCUGCUGGCAGGGAGACAUUUUCAUCAACGGCAGGAAACUCAAGAGGGAGCAGUUCCAGGACUGCUUCUCAUACGUGCUACAGAGUGAUAACUUGCUGAGCUACCUGACUGUGGAGGAGACCCUGACGUUCACGGCACAGCUGGCCCUGAGAAGACACUCCACUGACGCCAUCCGCAAGAAGGUGGGUGCAGUGAUGGCGGAGUUGAGUCUGGGGCAUGUGGCCCACAGUGUGAUCGGGGGCCGCAUCUUCCCCGGCAUCUCAGGAGGAGAGAGGAGACGAGUGUCCAUCGCCAGCCAGCUGCUGCAGGACCCCAAGGUUAUACUUCUGGACGAGCCAACCACAGGCCUGGACAGCAUGACAGCCAAUCAAAUCGUGGGGUUGCUAUCCGAGUUGGCAAAGAGAGAUCGCAUCGUCAUAGUAACCAUCCAUCAGCCCCGCUCAGAACUCUUCAGGGUGUUCAGCAGGAUUGCCAUUAUGAGCCUGGGAGAGCUGGUCUUCUGUGGCGAGCCAGGGGAGAUGGUGGACUUCUUCAGCGGGCAGGGCUACGAGUGCCCAGAGUACUGCAACCCUUUUGAUAUGUACGUGGACCUGACGUCCGUGGACACCCGCUGCAGUGAACGGGAGGCGGCCACCUCGGCCCGCAUGCACCAGAUCACGUCAGCCUAUCAGAGCUCUGAGAUCUACCAGAACAUGCUGGAAAAGACCCAGUGGGCGUGCCAGAGGCCCGACAAAGCCAGCAUCCCCUUCAAGAGCAAGGAGUCCCCCAGCAGCAUGGCAAAAUUAGGAGUGCUCUUCAGGAGAACCAUGAGGAACCUGUCUCGGGACCGUAUGGGUGUUCUGAUGCGCCUCUCCCAAAACCUCAUCUACGGCCUCUUCAUCGUCUUCUUCGUCCUGCGUCUGGACGAUGACGUCAGCAAAGGGGCGGUCCAAGACCGCAUCGGCAUCAUCUACCAGGUCAUUGGAGCUCCGCCCUACACGGGCAUGCUCAACGCUGUGGCCCUGUUUCCUGCUCUGAGGGCGAUAUCGGACCAGGAGAGUAAGGACGGGCUGUACCAUAAGUGGCAACUGUUCUUGGCCUACAUCGUCCACAUCCUCCCCUUCAGCAUCAUCAGUGUCUUCAUCUUCACAUCCUUCCUAUACUGGACGGUGGGCAUGCAUCCGGAUGUGAGUCGCUUCAUGUGCUUCUCGGCGGUGAUCAUGGUGCCCCACAUCACGGGGGAGCUGCUGACGCUGGUGCUGCUGGGGGUGGUGCAGGACCCCAACAUGGUCAACAGCGGCGUCGCGCUGCUCAACAUCGCAGGCCUGCUCGUCGGCUCCGGAUUCCUCAGGAGCUACCAGCAGAUGCCAGAGGUGUUCCAGUGGCUGAGCUAUCUGACCCCUCAGAAGUACGGCUGUGAACUGCUCAUCGUCACAGAGUUCCACAAACUCAACUUUACCUGCAGUGACACGUCUCUGCUGCCUGGGGCGUGUGCCAUCACAGAAGGUGAUAAGGUGAUUGAACAGGGCUAUGCUGGCGCCCUGUCCCGCUACACCCAGGACUUCCUGCUCCUCUACUCUUUCCUGCCUGCCCUCGUCAUACUGGGGAUCAUCACCUUCAAGAUCCGGGACCGCAUCAUACGCCGCUGAGGCAGGCAAUGCUCACCAUACCGUCGCAAACAAAAUCGAACACUGACAGACAGGAGGAUGGUGUAUUCUCUAGAUCUAGAUAUGCACUUGUUUCUUUUAUAGCAACAUUUUUGCUUAGAGCAGCAAUGUAACAAAGUAUACCGAAGAAUGUACGCAGCACUGUAUUCUGGUAUUUUAUGUGUUGCUGUAUUAACCUCUGGUUACGGUCAAACAAGAGACUUUAACCGUACUUAAUAACACCAUGUAUAUUUCAUUUUAUACAUAUGAAUGAGUAUAAAAUAAGCUUUAUGCUUGUAUUUAGUAGUUAGCCCAUUCUUUGAUCAUUAUAAAAACUGAAUUAUGCAAUUCCACACAUAGUGAUUGGAGAUGGGAUCCAUCUGUCUGUCAACUGGUGCAGGGUGUACAAGUGUGGCAGAACACUGUCAACUGACAAGCAAUGGGGUGUUUUUCUGGUUAGACCUUAUUUUAAUGAUUCACUAUUACAGUGGAUCUACCACAUUAGGUGCAGUGUAAUAACCAGUGUAGCAAUAUUUAAUACCAUGUAAUACCAGUGUAACACCAUGUACCAAUGUUGUAGGGUUAGGUUUGGUACUGUACAUAGUAUUGCAC